UUUAUUUGAUUUUAUUAUAUUUUUCUUUUACAUGGGUAGAAAAUCCUCAGAUUUGAAUGGAGUUUCAACUUUCCCACUAAAUAUGCUAAAUGAAGACCCGUCAGCCAUCAUGUCAGUUCAGCUUCUGUUGCUUUCCCCACCUUUGAGCGGCAAAUGCUGAAAUGAAGCAUUCCCUUUUACUUCUUCUGCCAGAAAACCUCUGUAAACACUUGCAAAACGGGGCUUUUGGAUUUAGAGCAGGAGUCCGGCUGAGGAGGAGAAGGGAGGAUGAGAAAGAAAACGAGGAGAGCGGGGAGGCAGGCUUUGCCUUUUCUGGUAGUUAAAGUCACUGAAAGAGCAAACAGGAAUCCUGAGAGCUGCAGAACGGCUGAGAUACAAACCAGAUUGCGAAGGCUGAUUCAUGAUGAGAGAAGAGUCGCUGUUGCUUAUGGACUGAACUUCGUAGUCGCUAAGUGAGUAAGAGAGGAAAAUCCUCGGGGCAACAUGGAUGAUGACUUUGACCGCCGCAUGGAGCUGAGGAGGCAGAGGAGAGAGCAGAUGCGUCAGGAUGCAGAGAGGGGCGUUUCCACAAACGAUGACGAUGAGGAGGAGGCUCGAGAGCGAAGGCGACGUGCCAGGGAAGAAAGGAAGAAAAUGAGAGACUCGGACGAGUCUGAAACGACGGACACGGCCAACAGUAACAGCGCGAUGGAGACCGAAUCGUCUACGACUGUUCCUGGAGGAGCGGAGGAUGACCAGGUUCUGCUGGAGCGCCUGGCCAAGAGGGAGGAGCGCAGGCAGAAGAGGAUGAUGGAGGCGAUGGAGAGGCAGAAGGAGCUCGACCCCUCCAUCAUCUCCAGCAACGGCACGAACGGCAGCCUGCAGGAGCAGUCCCUCGUUAGCAACGGCAGCAAACACACAGAGGAGGAAGAGGACAAAACAGAGGAGAGGUCUGCUCAGGAGGAAGUCACAAAUACUGAAACAAACUCAUGGGGGAAGGAGGAGGGAGAAGAAAAGAAAGAGGAACAGGAGACUGAGGAGAAAACGGCAACGACCGAAGUUGAGCAAGAGGACCCUGAUUCAACGACGAACCACAGAGAGGAGGAAGCUGGUCCAGACCAAAACAAGGAGGAGGAAGAAAGGAAGAUGAGAGAAGAGGAAGAAAGACAGCAUGAAGAAGAAAGAAAGCUGAGGAUGGAGGAGGAAGAGAGGCAGAAAAAGGAACUCGAGGAAAAAGCAAAGAUGGAAGAAGAAGAAAGAAAACUAAAGGAAGAAGAGAGGAAAAGGGAGGAGGAGGAACAGCAACAGAGAGAGAUGGAAGAGAGGCUCAAGAAAGAGGAGGAAGAAAAAGUGAAAAAUGAAGAGGAGGGAAAAGAGAGAAGGGAGAUUGAGGAAAGACAGAAGAAAGAGGAGGAGGAGAAACAAAAGCGGGAAGAGGAGGAAAAGCUGAACCGGGAAGAGGAGGAAAAGCACAGAAAAGAUAUGGAGGAGAAGGCGAGGAAAGAAGAAGAAGAAGAAAAACAGAGGCAGGAAGUUGAGGAUAAAAAGAGAAAGGAGGAAGCUGAGAAGCAAAGGAAGAUAGAGCAGGAGGAGAAGAAGAAGACAAGGGAGCUGGAGGAGAAAAAGAAAGAGGAGGACGAGAAGCGGAAAAAGGAGGUGGAAGAGAAGAAGAAAAAGGAGGAGGAGGAUAAACGUAAAAAGAGAGAGGCUGAAGAGAAGAAGAAGAAGGAGGAGGAGGAGAAACCUAAGAAACUUGGCUUUAAGGAGAAGAAUGAACCUACCAAACAGAAUGGAGCCAUCUUUGAGAAUAAACUGAAGAAAACAGAAAAAACAACAAGGGACGGCGUUCCUUCCAGCAAGGCAGAGGACGCCGAGCGACGGGAGGCCGAGCGCAAGCUGCUGGAGCUGAAACAGCGGCGGAACAACGCCGAGAGCCAGGAGAUCGAGAAGAUGAAGCAGAAGCAGCAGGAUGCGGAGGCUGAGCUGGAGGAGCUCAAGAGGAAGAGGGAGGAGAGGAGGAAAAUCCUAGAGGAAGAGGAGCAGCAGAGGAAGAAGGACCAGGAGGAAAAGAAAGCCAAAGAGCAGGAGGAGAGAAAGAGGAUGAAGGAGGAGAUAGAGAGAAGAAGAGCAGAGGCUGCAGAGAAGAAGAAACAAAUGGGGGAGGAAGCAGCAAAACCUGAUUUCACCAUCAGUCCAAAAGGCUCCUCUAAGAUUGGGGAAAAGGCAGAGUUUCUGACCAAGUCUGCUCAGAAAAGCCCAGCGAGGGUGUCACAUACUCCGCUUGUGCCAAAGAUUGGGAACAGAUUGGAACAGUUUACCUCCGCUAUGCAGGGAAACAAAGAAGUAAAAUCCCCCAAGUCUCCUUUGGCCGACAUCCCCACGGGAGGCACGCGCAACAUCAAGAGCAUGUGGGAGAAAGGCGCCGUGAGCAGCCCCACCCCUGAAAGUCCGGCUCCAGCAAACAAGGAUGUGGCUGGUAUCAAAGGAAGUGUGGCCGGACGCGGCAACAGCUGGAAGGGAAAGCCUGCAGAAGCAGAGAAGACCCCAGCUCCAGCUCCAGCUCCAGCAGCAGCAGCAGCACCAUCACCACCAGCAGCUGCAAAGCCACCAGAGGCAAAACCAGGUGAAGUUGGUAAACGCAGCAUGUGGGAAGCCAAGAGAGCCUCUGCACCAGCCAAGGUGGCAGUUGGAGGGAAAAGCAAGUUCAAUUAGAAAGACCCAAACGGCUUAAAAAGUAAAAUAAAAUAAAAACAAAAAGACAACCGACAACUUCAUGGUCAAGCUGUUUCCUGAAAAGGUUUCUGCUCUCCUUUGGGCUCCUUUGCCCUUCACCACACUUCUCAUUCCUACCAGAAUGGGAGCCGACGUUCCACGCUGCCAGUCAUCUGCACCAGCUAACAUCUGCUCGAGUAAUUCUGCACUGAUGCAUAUUUGAUCACUUUCAACCCCAAUCAAGGAGAAGCUGAUGUGAUUACGCCUAGUUUCGGCUACCUAGAUGACUACCGUGAGGACUCGUGAUCUGUUAACCAGCUGUAAUAUGACAUACAAAUGUGACAAAAACGUUUAAUAACUAAAGAGUUAUGCUUUUACAAUUAUAGUGAUCUUUAAAUACCAAUAUCGGAAGUUGUUCUUUGCGAUGCAUGCCCCAAGGAACAAGUGAACUAAGCAAUUUCUUAGAGCCUCCAAACCAACAGGGGGCGCCCAACAGCCCUGCAACUUUCACACAAAGUCUGGUUUACACAUCAUUCUUUUUUAUUUUAUUUUGUUUUUUCUUUUUUGUGUGGGGUAAAUAUGUUGUAAUUGUGUAACACAAACCUUGUUAUCCUCUAUAUUCAAACUUUAGAUCAGUGUAGUAUGAUGGUGAAGAAAAUAUUUUGUACUUAAAUGUUUAAAGGCAGCCACGCUGUGUCAUGCUUCUCAUUUCUAUGCAAAAGUAAGGACUAACAACUUAAAUCAAUGUGAGUAUCAGGGAAAGCAUUUCGUCUUUGUUUUUGUUUUUUUAAGUUAAAGUACAUUCUCCUACAUCAUGUCCACCAUCUUUUCAGACAGUAGACAUUUCUAACUCUAGAUGUCAAAACAAAAGAAUACGAAGAUAUUCUGAUAUUGUUUUUUAAAAACUUGAGUGACAUCACUGUGAACAAAAGCAAAUGAAUAUGAAUUGAAGGAACAAGCAGUUAGUUAUUGUGUAGCAAAUAAUCUGCUACACAAUAGUAGCAUAAUAUAAUGGUUAAUAUUAUGGAUAUUAAUGUUAUGGAUAUUAACCAUAAUGGUUAAUAUCCAUAAUGGUUUGAACAUGGAAAUAUGCUGUAAAGAUGUGGUAAGAUGUGGUUGUUUGAAGGCCCCCAGUCAAAAUUAGCUAGAGGCCCUAUGUAUCUGUGGACCAGCUCUGCCUUAAAAUGUUUCUACUUUCAGCUUCUUGAAAAUGUACACAAAAUGGCAAUAAAUAAGUACAUUUUUAAAAGCAAUUCAAAUUAGAACCUCAGAUAUUUCUGUUUCUUACUAGUAAAUUAGUUUAAUCAUUUUUCUAGUUCUUCUUUAGGGUUAAUAUAACACUUUAGAAAGUCCUGGGAUUGAAAAUAUAUUUUAUGUCAUGUCAAUUUGUUUUAGAUUAUAUUGCUAGUGAUGUUAUGAUUAGACAUGGGCCUGUAUGAACUUCUCACUGUAUGGCCUUGAGUAGAACGAUAAAAA